AUGGUUUCCACGGGCACUGCCGCGACACUGAUUCUGCCAUCUCUGGGCUUUGUCUUGGACGAUGGGGGGCGGAUUGCGGAGGUCGCCUGUACCUGCAACGGAGUUGUUGCCCCAGGAGGUGGACCCGCAAGCUUCUCGGCACGAGGAUCCGCGCCGUCCAAGCAGUCACGGAAGACGGUGGUGGCUACAACCACGAGCAGCAGCAGGUCUUCCUCCAAGGGCAAGAGUAACUCGAAGUCACGAGGUGCAGGCGAAAUCCAGCACCUGGGCGUUCCACACUCCGCACGGCUGCACCCCGUUCUCCAGGAGAGGGGCGAUUCCACGAGCCUGCAGGUGACUGGCGUCAACGAGGAGGAUCAGAUCAGCACCUGCUUGAAGGUGGCAGCAGAGGCAGAGUGCUCGCGGGUCAAGAUGGCCUUCCAGCACAUGUGCCCCUACUUCGCCGCCCUGAAGCCUGGCUCUUUGGUGCUCGAGGUGGGUUCCCGGUCUGGAGACGUGACCGUCAUGUUCGCCGAGCGCUUCCCGGAGCUGUACAUCCAGCCGACCGAGGGCACAGGAGACACGUCUCCUGGCCUCUUCAUGCUCUUACAGGAACGCCUCACAAUGGUGAGAAAAGACCUCCAACCACGAAAGAGGACCAAGAGGCGUGCCGUUGCCUCCGAGAACGUGUCUCGAAGCCGAGUUCUUCCGCCCAAAUUCCUGGAUGGAGGCAAAAAAGGCUGGCGGACCAAGCUAGGGCAGGAGAUCCACUGCAUCUUCUGUGUGAACGUGCUACACUACGUGUCGCCGUUAGGCCUGGAGAACUUCAUGCAGGGCUGCAGCGACCACCUGCCCGUGGGAGGUAUGCUCCUGGUGAGUGGGCCCUUUUUCAACAACGGCGAGGCCGCGGAGACCCUCUUGGUCUACGACGCGGCCCUGCGAGCCUUUGCGGAUGGCCCUGAAAGGAAGCUGAAGUGGG